AAGCGGGAGCCGGGAAAAGUAAAGCGGCCGGAACCCGCAACGCGCAAGGGAGUAGCAAUCAGCAAGGAAAAGAGAGGAUUAAGGCUUGCGCCAUUUUCUCUCUGCUAGAGAUCUGCAUUAUUUGUUCUCAGAGAUGUUAUCCUCCCCCCCGUGAGUUGGAGCCUAGUUCUCGUUGCUUCUCUUUCCCCUCAGCACAGGCACGUCUGAGGGAAGCCCGGGGGAAGCGCGCCAAGCCUGCCAGCAUGGUUCCUCUGCCUUGGCCCUAGCAGCCUCUCCCGCCCUGCUAUGUGGACUGGAUCACCUGGCCCGCAGGACUUCAAUUGCCGCGGGAGGUGGGAGUUAGGAAUUUAAAGUAAACAAGAAAGCAGGAUGUCCUCAAUGUGGUCUGAAUAUACAAUUUGUGGAGUGAAGAUUAAAUUUCCUUAUAAAGCUUACCCAUCACAGCUUGCUAUGAUGAAUUCUAUUGUCAGAGGAUUAAACAGUAGUCAACAUUGUUUGUUGGAGAGCCCCACAGGAAGUGGAAAAAGCUUAGCCUUACUUUGUUCUGCUUUAGCAUGGCAGCAAUCUCUUAGUGGGAAGCCAGCGGAUGAAGGCAUAAAUAAAAAAACUGAAGUACCCUUGUCAUGUUGUUGUACAUGCCAUUCAAAGAAUUUCAUACACAGAGACCUGAACCAAGGAACUUCACAUCAUUUCAAUAGUCCAAGCACACCACCCUCUGAAAGAAAUGACACUUCAUCAACUUGUCAAGACUCUCCUGUAAAAACCACUCUGGCUGCAAAGUUAUCUGCCAGGAAACAGGCAUCCACAUGUAGAGAUGAAAAUGAUGAUUUUCAAGUAGAGAAGAAAAGAAUUCGACCUGUAGAAACUACACAGCAGAUUAGAAAACGUCAUUGUUUUGAAAAGGAAACAUGCCAUUUAGAUACACAUGUUGCUUCAGUAAAGACUGUAAAGCCCAACUCUCCAUUAGGAAAGGUAAACGCCUUUUCUCCACAAAAGCCUCCUGGCCACUGUUCUAAGUGCUGUCAUUCUACAAAACCAGGAAACAGUCAAGAGUCUUCAAAUACCAUUAAGAAUGAUCAAGGGGGGAAAUCCAAAGACCCAAACUAUAUUUUGGGACCACGCACACACAAGCAGAUCGCUCAGAUUACUAGAGAGCUCCGGAGGACCGCAUAUUCAGGGGUUCCAAUGACUAUUCUUUCCAGCAGGGAUCAUACCUGUGUUCAUCCUGAAGUCAUUGGUAACUUCAACAAAGAAAAGUGCAUGGAAUUACUGGAUGGAAAAAAAUGUGAGUAAAGUUAUUUUGGAAAAUUCUGCUACUUCUAUCAUGGUGUUCAUAAAAUUAGUGAUCAACACACAUUACAGACUCUUCAAGGGAUGUGCAAAGCCUGGGAUAUAGAAGAACUUGUAAGCCUGGGGAAAAAACUAAAGGCAUGUCCAUAUUACACAGCUCGAGAACUAAUACAAGAUGCUGACGUCAUAUUUUGUCCUUAUAACUAUCUUCUAGAUGCACAAAUAAAGGAAAGUAUGGAUAUAAAUCUGAAAGAACAGGUUGUCAUUUUAGACGAAGCUCAUAACAUUGAAGACUGUGCUCGGGAAUCAGCAAGUUACAGUGUGACCGAAGUUCAGCUUCGGUUUGCUCGAGAUGAACUAGAUAGUUUGGUGAACAAUAAUAUAAGGAAGAAAGACCAUGAACCCCUUCGUGCUGUGUGCUAUAGCCUCAUUAAUUGGUUAGAAGCAAACUCUGAACAUCUUGUAGAAAGGGAUUAUGAAUCAUCUUGUAAAAUAUGGAGUGGAAAUGAAAUGCUCUUAAAUUUAUACAAAAUGGGCAUCACUAUCGCUACUUUUCCUAUUUUGCAGGGACAUUUUGCUGCUGUUCUUCAAAAAGAAGAAAAACUCCCACCAGUUCAUGGUAAAGAGGAGACAAGAGAAGUACCCAUUCUUAGUGCUUCAACUCAAAUAAUGCUCAAAGGACUUUUUAUGGUGCUUGACUAUCUGUUUAGGCAAAACAGUAGAUUUGCAGAUGAUUACAAAAUUGCUAUUCAGCAGACUUACUCCUGGACAAAUCAGAUUGAUAUUUCAGAUACAAAUAGAUUCUUUGCUCCACCCAAAAAUAAGAAACGUGCACGACAGAAAAUUGCAGUUCAUGUACUAAACUUUUGGUGCUUAAAUCCGGCUGUGGCCUUUUCAGAUAUUAAUGGCAAAGUUCGGACAAUUGUUUUGACAUCUGGUACAUUGUCACCAAUGAAAUCCUUUUCAUCAGAGCUUGGUGUUACAUUUGCUAUCCAACUAGAGGAUCAUGUCAUUAAUAACUCACAGGUCUGGGUUGGUACCAUUGGUUCAGGCCCUAAGGGUCGGAAUCUCUGUGCUACCUUCCAGCAUACCGAAACAUUUGAAUUCCAGGAUGAAGUGGGAGCACUUUUGUUAUCUGUGUGCCAGACUGUGAGCCAUGGAAUUUUGUGUUUUUUACCAUCAUACAAGCUAUUAGAAAAAUUAAGAGAACGUUGGCUCUACACUGGUUUGUGGCAUAAUCUGGAGUUGGUGAAGACAGUCAUCGUAGAACCAAAGGGAGGAGAAAAAACUGAUUUUGAUGAAUUAUUGCAGGUGUACUAUGAUUCAAUCAAGUAUAAAGGAGAGAAAGAUGGAGCCCUGCUCAUAGCAGUUUGUCGUGGUAAAGUGAGUGAGGGUCUGGAUUUCUCAGAUGACAAUGCCCGUGCUGUCAUAACAAUAGGAAUUCCUUUUCCAAAUGUGAAAGAUCUACAGGUUGAACUAAAGCGACAAUAUAAUGACCACCAUUCAAAAUCAAGAGGUCUUUUACCUGGCCAUCAGUGGUAUGAAAUUCAAGCAUAUAGGGCCUUAAACCAGGCCCUAGGUAGGUGUAUUCGACACAGAAAUGAUUGGGGAGCUCUUAUUCUAGUGGAUGACCGUUUCAGGAAUAACCCAAACCGCUAUAUAGCUGGACUUUCUAAAUGGGUAAGGCAGCAGAUUAAGCACCAUUCAACUUUUGAAAGUGCACUGGAAUCCUUGGCUGAAUUUUCCAAAAAGCACCAAAAAUUCGUUGAUAUAUCCAAAAAGGACCGAAAGUAUAUACCAGACAGUGAAUCUACUCUCGAAGAGGUCUGUUUAGAGAAUGAUAACCCUACUUAUUUACUGGAUACAUCAAGUUAUCUACCACCAGAAAAUUCUACAAAAGGUGAAGCAGAAAUGUGUGACCAAGAACUACAGUGUCCUAAAAUGAUUGCUAAAAACCCGUCUCUAUCAAGCGACAUCAUCUCCAGAAAAGAGAAAAAUGAUCCAGCAUUUUUGGAAGAGUCUGUCCAAGCUGUGAAAGCAGAAAAAAUUGUGAUUUCCAGAUCCUCAAGCCCAACUUUCAGCAAACAAACAAAGGAAGUUAACUGGUCUAGCUUUAAUUCUUUAGGACAGUACUUUACUGGCAAGAUGCAGACUGUUACACCCCAGUUCAGUACAUCAGAGAAUUGUGCCUCUAGUUCUCCCACUUUCAAAGGAGAAAAAAAGGAAAGUAAAACUGCUUUGCCACUCCCGGAUAAAUGUGACUUCUCAAAUAUAACAGUAAACACGUCAUUUGGGCUGUGCCCUCAAUCAGAAAACAUUAUUUCAUCAAUAAAGCUUGAUACUACUCUUUCUAAGAAAGAUCAUUCAAAACAAUUGAUCUGCUUUGAAGAAGCCCCAGCUCCAGAUUUUGAACUGUCUCAAAUAAGUAAAGAAACUAAACAUACCAGUUUAAAUACAACUUUUGAAACAGAAGUAGAAGAUGAGUCUAUCUAUUUUACACCUGAACUUUAUGAUUCUGUAGAAACAGAUGAAGAAAAAGAAAAUAAGCUAAUUAAAACUGAUGGAUUCAGUAAUAAUUCAAACUGCAUUUUAACUGAAGACUUUUUUGAAAUUAGAACUAUCAAAGAAGUGAAUUCAGUCAGAGAUGAGAAAGCUGAGGACUACAUAGAAACAAAGUUCAAUAGAAUCACACAUAUUGUAGAGAAUUAAAUUAAUGACAUGGAUGAUAAUGUAAAAACCUGUAUACGUGAAUUGGAGCUGGGAAAAACUUGUAAAAUAGAUAUAAAGAACUUUAAGGAAUAGGCAUAUUCUCUUAUGUUAGGUAAUAAUACUUCUCGGUAAGCUAUAAAAAUAUGUUGUCAUGUUUUGUUAAAUCCUAUUGUAAUGAGUAAUUUAUACAUAAGGUAAAUGGUCUUGCUUUAAAUUUUUUAGGUUUUUCCACUUCAAUUCAUUGUCAUGAGAGUUUUAAAUCUAUUUUAUGUUCAGAAAUGUAAGUUUUACUAUUCUCAAAUUUUGAUAAAGUGAUUCAUACAAAAUUUAUUCCUCAAAUAAGUCUUACUUAGCUAAAUGUAGUUUAAAAUUAAUCAAUCUGGAAGAUACAGUUUCCUAGAGCACUUUCAAUUUCACAUUGUUUGUAUUUUAUAGUCCCCUUCAUUUGUUUUCACACUGAUACAUAAAGAUUAGUAGCAGUUGAAUUAUAUCUCAGCUAUAUAUCAGUAUAGAUUCUACUUCCAAUUGGUCUGAACUUUUUCUUAGAUAUCAAAAUUUGUCUUGAAAAAUAUAUUCCCUUACUAAACUGCCAAGUCAGAAAAAUUAAGGAAGGAAACAACAUGCUUUCUCUAUCACCAGUACUGGUGAUUGAACCUAGGAACCUCUACUGCAGGGCUAUCUACAUCCCUAGCCCUUUUUAACUUUAUUUUGAGACAUAGUCUUGCUAGGUUGCCCAUGCUGACCUCCAACUUGUGAUCCUCCUGCCUUAGCCUCCCAAGUAGCUGAGAUUAUAGGUGUGUACCACUGCACCUAGCAACAAUAUGCAUUCUUUUUUUUUUUUUAAUUCUUCAUCUUCCCUUACCUCCCCCAUUAUUAUUCAUACCCAGUCUUUUAAUCUGUAAUAUGCAUUCUUAAUUGACAUUGUCUUACCUUUCAUUUGAUAAAACUAAAAUCAAACAUCAUAAACAAAAUUCUAUCAAGUUAUAAAAGGCCAAAUGAAAUAUUCCACAUGUUUGAUUCUUAAUUAUUUAACUUCACAAUCAUUGUAGGGAAAAGUGAUAUAAGAAUAAGAUCCCUAGCUCUGAGGUGAGAGGAGUAGGAUGUUCUAGUAUAACUUUAAUUAUGCAACUUUUAUAAAGAUAGAAAACAAGAUAUAAAUAAGCAAACCCAUAUAUAUAUACUACAGUUGAAAUAUGUUUCCCUAGAGGACACUAAUCCUUUCUGUGAAUUUUGAGUGUGUUUAUGCUUUAGUGAAUGAAGUUGUACAUCUGAUCAAAACGGUUAUAAAAGAUGCUCAUCUUGACAGGCGUGGUGGUACAUGCCUGUAAUCCAAGCUAUUUAGGAGGUUAAGGCAGAAGAAUCGCAAAUUCAAAGCCAGCUUUGUUGACUUAGCAAGACCUGUCCCAGAAAGGGUGGAGAGGGGACUAGGGAUGAAACUCGGUGGUAGAGUGAUCCUGAGUUCAAUCCUCAGUACCACAAAAGUGGGGGGAAUGCUCAUUUCUGACUUCAUUCCAAAAAUACAUCCACUGAUCUUUUUCUAAGAAAUAUCUGUUAGUCAGUGGGCAAUUUAGACUUCUUGUGAGUGACUUGAAUUAAAAUUGUUUUGUUUGCUCCUGGUGAUAGAAGACAGGGCCUCGCAUAUGCUAAGCAAGCCCUCUACAUUCCCAGCCUAAACUGAAAUUUUAUGAGUUGUGCAAGUAGUACAUACAGCAUGUUUUUAAGUCAGAAUUCCUAGUAGUCAGAUAUUUUUUAUGUUCAUUUAGAGAAAUAAAUAACUACAUAUACACACAUUUUGCUUUCAUUUUUAUAGCAUUUUUAUUUAAUACAGUUCAUCUGCUUUUAUAACAUUGAAUAUUGCAACCCUAAGAACAGUUAAGAUAAAUUUAAAUUGACAGUUUGUCAGUUAAAGAAUUUACCUCUAGAUUGGGAUAUAUUAGAUCCCGAUACUAGAUUCCUAGUAUUAUAUAUUUUUCUUAGUCGUUCAGUAGGUAGUAAGUACCAAACACUAGAUUAGAACAUAAUUUCUACAUUGUUUUAAAAGAGUGAAACCAUUACUCCCCUAUGGUAUUGAUCUUAAACUACAGAUAAGGGUAAUAUGGUAGUGGAAAGAGUACCAAGUGGAAGAUAAGAGACUUGGACUCUAGUCCUUGCCCAGGCUUUAAUUUGCUAAGUCAUAUUGGCAGUACCAUGUCUUGCAUAGAAUUAAUUUUAUCUAUGUAAACUACUGGCCAUUGUAGAAUAGAAGACAGAGUAUUUUUAUUACUUAUAACACAUUUUUUUAAAAAGAGGUUUAUGUCAUUGUUAAGUUAAAACAUAUAAAAGCAUUUACAAGUACUUAGCAGGCCACCAAUUAAUUAUUAGUUAGCAAUUAAUUAUUAGUAAGUAAUCAAUCAUGUAUGUAGUAUACACUCUUGCUUUAUAUAAUGCUUUUCCUAACUGUAGAUUAAUGGAUAUAAUAUAGAUCAUCUGACAAUGAAGAAAUGUUCUAUAGGAAAAGGAAAAAAAUAUUUGGUUUAUUUUUUAAGCUUUUUGAGAUAUAUGUUAGAAAUUGUUUUAUCAGAUCAUUUGUCUUGCAUAUUCAAUGCAUAUAAAAUAAUAUUGAAUUUAUUCAAGGGCUAAAAAUAUAUUUAGCAUACAGGUCAUGAACCAUGAAAACCAUGCAAACCAGUUGCAGUAAGGGCUUUAUUUAAGGAAGAAAGUUACAAUGUAAAAGAGUAGAUAUUUCAUGACCUGAUUUUAGAUGAAUCAUUUAAAACUGCAUAGAAUUGUGUUGAAAAUUAAUGAGAAUUCUUACUAUGCUCCUAUUAUGCAUUUUAUUUUUACAUGGUUUUAAGUUUGGCAUUGCUUCUAUGUUCACUUAAGGCUUUGUUUAUUCUUAUGAUCUUUCUAUUCAAAACAUUAAUUUUAAAAAAAGAAUAUUCCCAUAUUAUUUUUCUGCAAUGGGACUUUGUCAUGUUAUUAUUUUUCUAUAAUAAAACACUCAAAAUAUUUAAUUCUUUAGAACUGCUCAUAAAACUUCUUCAUGAAAUCAAAGUGAUUGUUGUAAAAUCACUUGGAAGACUGGUUAUUGUAGUCAUCUGUAAGUGAUGCCAUUCUUUUUAUAUUUGAUUACCACACAGCUAUUCUCACUUACACUCUUUUUAAUCUCAUAUUUC